AUGACACAGACCGUCAUGAUAGACGUGAAGGAGCACAGAGACUUGCAUGAUCAUGGAUUAAUAGAGUCAAAAGAGCAGGAAGAGAUAGGGAAGAUAGCACCUACUGGGGUCACACAUGCUGCCGUUGCAAUGGGAACGAGACCUCUAACAGAGACGACAGGUAGGGAUGAAACAAUAUCAGUGAUGAAGAAAUGGACGGAUAGUAGUAAAACAGUCAUGAGUCAGACAUUGGGGAGCUCAAUGGCAAUGCAAAGUCCAGUGACAACGCAACAGCUUCCAACGAACUCCAUCUCGACGGAGACUCCAGCAAAAAUUCCGGCUACGACAGAAACUUCAGAGCAGAAUGAUGUGGUGAUGCCUACAAUACAGAGGAGCGAUGGCUUACCAGGUAGUCCACUGAAUAAUGUCAAGACUGAUGCACCUGCUACAGCUGAAUCGAGUACUGCAGGCGCAGUCGUGAAGUAUCCAGAAGAGGCACCCGGUCUCCCAUUUAUAACACCAGCCGUCCCAGGAGAAAGCGCCGAGUCACCGUCAGUUACCACCUCUGCAGGUAAGACUGACAAGACCACCACAUUGCCAGCUUCAAAUAGCAGCAAUAACACAGGGACAGUAUCUCCAGCGAGCGGGGGCGAAGACACUGAUGGGACAAAUACUGCGGGGCAGGUUCACGCGAGCACAAGGGCUGACGUGCCUUUGGACGAAUCGUCAAAGGAUGCCGACACUAAAAGCUCGGACUCGUUCGAAUUUCAAGGCGCGAACACGAAAAACGAGGCAAGCACCAUCACUGAAGAUUAUAGUGUACAGUGCAGCACAAACUGUUCCAAGGGCGACUUAGAAGACAAGUCUAGUAGUGACACGACGCGGAGCAAUGAUGAUGACAGCAGUGGCCUUGCCCGAGGUAUGGUUCAUCCUGGUCGAAUGACGGACGUAUACACACGCUCCGUUCUUUCUUACAGCAUGGACACAGGAUCGAUCGUCGCCAUUGUUGGUGUCAUUGCCGGUAUUGUUGGACUCCUGGUGCUUAUCGCCGUGAUAAGCCGGAAGAAGGACACUGAUGAAGAUGAUGAGUGUCUCCAUCGGAAUGGCUACAACAUGGAAAUUCACUCGAUUGUCGGGCACUUGCCGACCUUCUUGGAGAACGACUCUUUUAUGGAAAGUGGCAACAACGACACCUCUCUUACGGUUGCGGCACCGGCGCAUCAGUCCGACGGUGUGUCUCCUAUAAGUGACGAAAGCUUAGAUGAGAUGCCAUCACUUCGCGGUCGUAUGCUGGUAACCGACCAUUCCGGCGACAUAAGCGGUUUAGAUCGUAACGGGGGCGUAAAGACCGGGAAUGUGCGGAUAUCUUCACUGUUCUCGGCAGGAUCAUCCACGACAAGCGAUAGUGAGAUCAGUUGCUCGUGGAGCUCCGUGUUGGCAUCGGAUUCAGAAAACUUGAGCUCGCGUAAUACGCGCGAUACCUCGCUCAGUGCUUGGUCCGCUACAAACGUGUCACCUUUCGAGAACACUGCCUGCAGCGCGCUUGGACUGCGUGGUAUGACUCGAACGUUAUCCACUGAUUAUCACCAGACGGAUGGCAGCAAUAGCACUCGCUUUUCUCCACGUUUAAUCAACUAUUCCAAUCUACCGGACGAGAAUCGCAGCAUCGCAGGACCUGUUGAAUCCAGAUGCAGUGUCAACAGCACCGAGUUGUGA